ACUCAUUAGAUAAGCACUGAUUAGAUUAGACUUGCACAAUCUCUUAUCUUUGAAUCUGAGUCUCUAUCUCAUCUUGUUUUAUAAGAUAAGCCUCUGCUAAGCCUCAGUAUGGAAAUUCAGUUUUUGCAGCAGCAAAUGGUGAGACAGAAGAAACCACAUAUGGGAUAUAAGAGGGAACAAAUAAGUGUCAUUAGAAAGUCUACAAAUGAAAGCAGACUUUAGAUUGAUGUGAUAUUGAAACCUAAUAUUAAGAGCAUUCUCUAUUAAUACAGUAUUAUACAUUUUAUAUUUAGUAGCCUAUGCAUUACAAAAAAAUAAUAAAAUCGUUAAAAGAGACAUUUGAUAUAGUAGGCUAUAAGGUGAAAUGAAGUGAUGAGGCACAGCUUCUCCUUUUAUCCUGCUUAAAAACGUUAUACUCAAACUGUCUAAAGACGGAGAGAGAGAGAACACCUGACAUCCUGACAGAGCUGAUGGGAUAUAGUAAGGCAUGCCAUGGCAGCAUAAAGUGGCUUUAUGUUCUGUACAGUAAGCGCUCAUGGGAGCUUCAAUACCUCGAACAGGAUGGGUUUAUUUUAAAAAUCUUCUCCGGAUGUCUCGCGCUGUUUCCUGUUACCUUGACACCGGUGUGCUCGCGAGUCCCUGCGGGCACCAGAGGAUCCUGUGCGCAGGACGCAGCAGUGUGGAGAAAGAGCCAGGAUGAUCCCAGUUGGAGAAUUGAGAAAUUUCGGCAUAGAGCAGAACUCAAAGUUUCGGGUCCUGAAGCCUUGGUGGGAUGUUUUCUCGGAGUACCUGUGCGUUGCUAUGCUCAUGAUUGGAGUCUUUGGGUGCACUUUGCAGCUCACACAAGACAAGAUCGCCUGCCUGCCCAGCCACUUCACCAGCCCAACACCUGAAGCCAUUGACUGCAGCCACAUCCGGACCUACAGGGAGAACGCGACGUCGCAGCUCACUCUGGUUUCAAAACCCAUCGUGAAGGAGGUGUUUGGUCGCAAGAACAACCUGGACAUCCACCAGUAUGUGUUUGUCAACCACCACUGCUACGAGAGGUUCGUCCACUGGUUCGCAAAGUUCUUCCCGUACCUCGUUGUGAUCCACACUCUGAUCUUCAUGGUCGCAAGUAGCUUCUGGUUCAAGUUCCCCGGGACGUCUUCCAAAAUUGAGCUCUUUGUUAGCAUUCUGGAAAAGUGCUUUGAUUCACCCUGGACAACGAGGGCCCUGAGCGAGGUCUCUGAGGAAAGAGGAGAGGAAAAAUUGGUGAGCUGGAGGAACACAGUGUCAAAAGGAAGCUCAGAACGACAAACAGAUGAAGAGGAAACUAGAGUGCUUCUUCGCUCCUCGUCGGUUAAGUCCAACCCAGAAAAGAAAGCAACGGAGCCUCAAUCGGCUCCUUCGGUCUUAGAUAAAAAGGAAGGCGAGCAGGCCAAGGCUCUGUUUGAAAAAGUGAAGAAGUUCAGGACUCAUGUAGAGGAAGCAGACAUCUUGCGUGUCAUGUACGUGCUUCAGACAUCACUGAAAGUCUUCAAGUUCCUUGUAAUCAUAAUCUACACCUCGGUGCUCGUACCGAACAUUGAAAUAGUGGUCAAGUGUUACGUUCCCCCUGACCUGACCGGGUUCGAUAUCUACUGCUGUAACCACAACAAGGCCCAUCUCUUCUCCAAGCUCGCCUACUGCUACAUCUGCUUUGUGGGCGUGUAUGGACUCCUCUGCAUCUACACCCUCUAUUGGCUGUUUCAUCGGCCACUGAAUGAGUACUCCUUCGACCAAGUCAGACUGGAGACGGGCAUUAAUGACAUACCGGACGUAAAGAAUGACUUUGCCUUCCUUCUGCACCUCGUGGACCAAUAUGACGCUCUUUUCUCCAAAAGGUUUGCUGUAUUUCUUUCCGAGGUAAGCGAAAGUCAUCUCCAUCAGCUCAACCUCAACUAUGAGUGGACUGCCAAAAAGCUACGCUCCCGUCUAGCCAAGAACGCCAGCAACCGGUUGGAGCUGCACUUGCUAAUGCUGCCAGGACUUCCCGACACAGUCUUUGAGAUUCCCGAAGUGGAAUCGCUCAAACUGGAGCAAGUUAAAAAUGUCACCAUCCCAGCGAGUGUGGCAAAGCUUGAAAAACUGAAGGAGUUAUCGCUGGUCUACUGCCCUACCAAGCUCCAGCUGUCUGCCCUUAACCACCUCAAGGAACAUUUAAAGGUCCUACGUCUAGCUUUUGAAAGUCUAGAAGAGGUGCCUAUGUGGAUGUACACCCUGCAUGGCCUGGAAGAGUUAGAACUAAAUGGACCUUUAACAAACGAGGUGUCCAAAAGCGCCUCUCUGGACUCCUUUCGAGAGCUAAGAGCCCUAAGAAUCCUCACCCUCCACUCCACCCUCGCUAAGAUCCCACCCAGCAUUGUGGAUGUUGCACUGCAGCUGCAACGACUGAGCAUCUACAACGACGGUGUGAAGCUCCAAGCUUUCAGCACCCUAAAGAAGCUUACCAACAUAGUGUCUUUGGAGUUAGUGGGCUGCCAGUUGGAGCGCAUCCCAAGUGCAGUCUUCAGCCUGAUCAACCUGCAGGAGUUGGACCUGAAGGAAAACAAACUUACCACCGUGGAGGAGAUCCUGAGCUUACAGCAUUGCCGCCGUUUAGUGACUCUCCGACUGUGGCACAACAAAAUCACCUACAUCCCCGACCACAUCAGUAAGCUUCACUCCCUGGAGACGCUGGACGUCAGCUGGAACAAGAUAAGAAAGCUUCCCUCUCGGAUGUUUCAUUGCACUACACUCAGGCACCUGGACGUCUCCCACAACCAGCUCACCUCUCUUCCUGUAGAGAUCAGCAUCCUUCAGGGUCUCCAGUUCUUCUCUGCUGCCUUCAACUCAUUAGAGACCCUUCCAGAGGAGCUGUUCUCCUGCAAAAGGCUAAAGACGCUGGCCCUCGGAAAUAACUGCCUGGCCAAUCUAAGCUCCAGAGUGUCGAAUCUGGCUCAGCUAGUCCGACUGGAGAUUAAAGGGAACCGCCUGGAGUCUCUUCCUCAUGAGAUCGGUGACUGUCCCCUGCUGACUGUCAGUGGACUGAUAGUAGACGAUAGCCUUCUGGAUCUGCUGCCGUCAGGUGUACGAAGCCGGCUGAGUAAUAGCUGAGUUGCAGAGCUCUCAUUGACUCGUCAUUUUCUCAGUGUAGCAUGGAGGUUGAUGGUGUUAUUCACAAUGAGAGAUAAUAGUAUUGUCACAGAAUUAAACCAUUCCACUGGCUGGAUUUUUUAAAUAUAUAUUAAACAGGUCAAAAAAAGGGAAACCAUAAAUGACUCAACGAAAAGACAACAAAACUGAAAAUGUAUUAAGAAGAGGAGUUCUGAAAUAUGUGUUUAUGGAAAAAACAUUUAUGCAUUCUCUUAAAAAAUACUUUUUUUUAAAUAAAUAUUUUAACAAUG